CUCGUUCAUCACGCAGAACAAAUCUCACGACCUUCGUCGAGCACCAUGUCCGGCGACAUGGCGCCGCACGUCGUGGAAGACUUCUCUGGCGUCGUCCAGCUCCUCAGCGACGGCACCGUCGUCCGCGGCGACGGCGCCGCCCUCCUCCCGUCGCUGGAACCGAACCACGACGUCCCUGGCGUCCAGUGGAAGGACGUCGUGUACGACGCGGCGCACGGCCUCAGGGUCCGCGUGUACAGGCCCACCGUCGGCGAUGGAGGUAAGCUUCCCGUGCUUGUCUACUUCCAUGGCGGUGGCUACUGCAUCGGCGCCGUCGAGGAGCCCAACUUCCACACCUUCUGCCUCCGCGCCGCCAGCGAGCUCCCGGCCCUCGUGCUCUCCGUCCAGUACCGCCUCGCCCCCGAGCACCGCCUCCCCGCGGCCAUCGACGACGGUGCGGCUUUCUUCUCCUGGAUAAGCGGCCAGGCCGCGCUCGGCGCGGGCGCGGAUCCAUGGCUCGCUGAGUCAGCCGACUUCGCACGGACGUUCGUCUCCGGCGUGUCGGCCGGCGCCAACUUGGCCCACCACGUCACGGUUCGCCUCGCCUCGGGGCAACCCGUGGUCGACCCGGUGCGCGUCGCCGGGUACGUCCUCAUCGACGCGUUCUUCGCCGGGGUCGAGCGCACGGCGUCGGAGGCCAGCCCGCCGGCCAACGUCUCCCUGACCGUCGAGAUGGCCGACCAGCUGUGGCGCAUGUCGCUGCCGGUGGGGGCGACCAGGGACCACCCGGUGGCGAACCCGUUCGGCCCGGACAGCCCCAGCCUGGCGCUGGUCGCGCUCCCGCCGGCGCUCGUCGUGGCGCCCGGGGGCGACGUGCUCUACGACCGCGUGGUGGACUACGCGGCGAGGCUGAAGGAGAUGGGGAAAUCGGUCGAGCUCGCGGAGUUCGAGGGAGAGCAGCAUGGCUUCUCUGUCCUCCAACCGUGGAGCCCAGCGUCCAGCGAGUUCAUCCGAGUCCUCAAGCAGUUCAUGGAAAAGACGGCACGCCCAGGCCCAGCUCAGAUUUGAAAAGGACAAGCGAUUUACUUAUAUUUAAACAUUUGUAUUUUUGUUUGGGUCAAAGGCUGUAAUAGCACAAUGUCUUAUUUACUGGUAAUUUUA